AAAAAAAAAAAAAAAAAAAAAAAAAAAAAAAAAAAUCAACUAUUAUCUGUAUGCACCAGUCUUAAAACGAUAUGUUCCUCAGCUCCCUUCCAGGAUUAAAGUUAAGUUUUCCACUCUUUAUAUUGGUUGAUGUAGGAUAUAUGCUUAUAUAAGUUUUGAUGCUUGGAUUUCUUAAUUAUCAUUAAAGUUAGCAAAUGAUGUUUUAAAGAAGCUACACACAAGCUAAACUUGAAUAACCUACACACAAGCUAAACUUGAAUCUUAGAUUUAAAUGAUCUUCAAAUCCAAGAACCCUAUAUAAUUUUUAUAGAAUCAAUGUAUUUGACUACAAGGUGGAAUACUAUUUCAUUUUCUUUUUGUUAUAUAUGGAAUCUUUUAUUUCACAGUAGUGGAAAGCAUAAACCUUUUUAAUCAAAUAAAAUAGUUGGUUUCUCUCAGUAACAGAAUAACUAACUGGCUAUUUAAUUAAGCUUUUAUAUAUGAGUAUUAUCGUUUAAUUAGUUAUAAAAUUUGGACUUGUUGUCUUUCAUAUCAGUAUGUAAUUUCGUGUAAGAAAAUGAAAAUAGUAACUGAAAGAUUUUUUUUUUCCGAUUCUCCAACCAAAAGAAAAUAAAAAUACAAGCAAAUAAUAAAAUAAUCACAUUUCUUCCCUAUAUAAUGAUGAUCGGAAGAACAGAAUGAACAAUACAAAGAACCACAACAGAAAAAAACGUGAACCUCUGAUAUUUUUUUCUUCUUCUUGUCAAUAGUGAACCAAAUGGCUCAUAUUCACACUAAUGGCAACAUCCUUCCUUCUUUCCCAAACAAUUCAUGUAAGUUUGCUUUUCAAUUCUGCUUUACAAAUACUACAGGAUUUAAAACCUCAUUCAAUCCAUCAAACAAAUCACUUUAAUUAUCAGUCAAAAUUCACAUAUUCGGAUUUGUAUCCACUUUCUGUAAUGUGUACUGAUCAUGAGAUGUUCUUUAUUCCUUUUACAUUAUUUUUAUGUACAUGAUCUUGUCAACAUACGACAAUUUUUUCCAGGCAACGUAUAUCUAUAGACACUAUUUAAUGUUAUUGAUACUGUACAGUAAACCACAGGUAUUAUACUUUAUAGACCUUCAUAUACAGUAAAGCCUUCUUAUAUAUAGUUUAAUUGCUGAAUUAACCUCCUUUAUUUGUUGUUAUAUUUUGUUUCACCAGUUUUCAUCGGUUGUAAUCUCCGGAUUUUUUUUCUUCUACUGGCUUAAAUCCUUACCAUGUAUCUAUAUAACCCACGAUUAUUUCAAAAUGAAUCUAAUAUUCUUAGAUGAAAAAAUACAAUUUCAAGUUGGCUAUUCAUAAAUCACUUGGGAGGAAAGAUUCACCUAUAUAUCUUUCUCUACAUCUCACUUUUUUCCCCUCUUUUAACAACCACACGUGAUGUAUAUUGAAUUUUUUGCUGGUUCAUUGAAAUUUAGCUUUUGAUAGGUAAAGUGUUAUUUAAACACACAAAUAUGGAAACUGAGUUUCCACUUUCCAAAUGAUAAUUUCUGAUUUUCAGGGCGUUAGGUAAUCCUAGUCGACGUUCUAUAAGAUUCAUUGGAGACUUUUCCCUCAAAUAAUUAUAUUAUUUGUCAGUUAAAAAAUUAUAUAGAUUCCGUGGAGUUUAUAAAAAUAAUAAUUGUAACUAUCAACAUGUCAAUUUCCUAUUUUCAAAGAAAAAAAACAUGUCAAUUUCCUUUUUUUUCUCAACGUGAAAUAGCUAGGUGGAACCUAAUUUUGAAUAUAGUUCUAUUAACAUAAAAGACGACCCCUUUAAGCAGAAUUGUUUGAAUAUUUUAGAUUGUCUUAGAAAAAAUAGGAUAUCUUACGUUUUGUGCAUAAAUAAUUGGUAUCUACAGUAUCUUUCUUUUAUGUCACAACUAAUGUAUCUGAAUAUAUUUAUGUAACGUAUAAAUAAUUUUUAACAAAAUAGAACAUUUUUCUUUAAACACACUUAUAUUAAAGCUCUAACUGAAGUUAGGUGGUGCCAUUAAGGCGAGUUCAGCAGACAAGAUCUGUUAACAAACUAGAACAUAGUAAUAUCAUUUUCUUCUAAAAAUACGAUAUAUUUUAGAUGGCGGUCAUAAAUCAUAGUUCCGUGGGACACACUAUACUCUAGUGCAUUAACACGUGAACAGCCAAAUCGCACGGCGUAGGAUAUACCACGCUUACACACGUAAUGACAAACUAGAUUCUCCAAACGGCCCUCACCUAAUGUUCCCGUAUUUGAAUUUUGGACCCGCCAUGAUAUAGCUGGAGAGCAUAAAACCGAUCAUAAGCGGAAAUGGGCUUUUCGAGAUCCAGAUACUUGAUUGAUUUACUGAUGAUUGUGGAUCGUGUAUUCUCAGUUUCAGGGGAAGAGCGUGAAAUCCAGAAGAAUUACUGGAAAGAGCACUCUGUGGGUUUGAGCGUUGAGGCCAUGAUGCUUGAUUCCAAAGCUGCUGACCUCGACAAAGAAGAACGACCUGAGAUACUCGUGCUUCUUCCAGCGAUUGAAGGGAAAACGGUGAUCGAGUUUGGAGCUGGUAUUGGUCGUUUCACUAGUGAAUUAGCUCAGAAGGCCGGCCAGGUCAUUGCCGUUGAUUUCAUUGAUAGCGUUAUCAAGAAGAAUGAAAACAUCAAUGGGCACUACAAGAAUGUCAAAUUUAUGUGCGCUGAUGUCACAUCCCCGGAUAUGAAAUUUUCAAACGAGUCUACAGAUCUGAUCUUCUCAAACUGGCUGCUGAUGUAUCUCUCUGACAAAGAGGUUGAAGAUUUGGCGAAAAAGAUGUUACAAUGGACUAAGGUGGGCGGGUAUAUUUUCUUUAGGGAGUCUUGUUUUCAUCAGUCUGGUGACAACAAGCGGAAGAACAACCCAACGCACUACCGUGAACCCAAAUUUUACACAAAGCUUUUCAAAGAAUGCCAUAUGAAUGAUGAUGCUGGCAAUUCGUAUGAAUUCUCUUUGGUUAGCUGUAAAUGUGUUGGAGCUUAUGUGAGAAACAAAAAGAACCAGAACCAGAUCUGCUGGCUUUGGCAGAAAGUUAGUUCGGAUAAUGACAGGGGCUUCCAACGCUUCUUGGACAAUGUCCAGUAUAAGUCUAGUGGUAUCUUACGCUAUGAGCGUGUCUUUGGACAAGGGUUCGUGAGCACAGGGGGACUCGAGACCACAAAGGAGUUUGUGGCUAAGCUGGAUCUGAAGCCAGGCCAGAAAGUUCUUGAUGUUGGAUGCGGAAUUGGAGGAGGGGACUUCUACAUGGCUGAGAACUUUGACGUGGAUGUUAUAGGCAUUGACCUAUCUGUAAACAUGAUCUCUUUUGCCCUCGAACACGCGAUAGGACUCAAAUGCUCUGUAGAAUUCGAAGUAGCUGAUUGCACCAAGAAGAUGUAUCCUGAUAACACCUUUGAUGUUAUUUAUAGCAGAGACACCAUUCUGCAUAUCCAAGACAAGCCAGCAUUGUUCAGAACAUUCUACAAAUGGCUGAAGCCUGGAGGGAAAGUUCUCAUAACUGAUUACUGCAGAUGCCCCAAAACACCAUCUCCAGAUUUUGCAAAGUACAUCAAGCAACGAGGUUAUGAUCUUCAUGAUGUACAAGCAUACGGUCAGAUGCUGAAAGAUGCUGGAUUCGAUGAGGUUAUCGCAGAGGAUAGAACCGAUCAGUUCAUGAAAGUCCUGAAACGUGAACUGGAUGCAGUGGAGAAGGAAAAGGAUGACUUCAUCAGUGACUUCUCUAAGGAGGACUACGAGGAUAUCGUAGGUGGGUGGAACUCAAAGCUACUCAGGAGCUCAAGUGGUGAACAGAAAUGGGGCUUGUUCAUCGCCAUGAAAAACUGAUUGUAUGGCAUGCUUAAAAGAAUUUAAACAAUAAAUAAAUUUGGUUAUGUAAGAUACAUCAAAACCAAGUUCCCUCGUAUCAUCUCUUCAAGCUAUAUAUGUUGCUUUCUCCCUCUCAAUGUAAGCUUUUCUUUAAUCAUAUGUGUAUGUAAUUUGGUGUUUAAUGUUGUGUUAUUUGAUAUUAAGACUGAUCAAGUUUGACACAGAAAAAUGUUGAUGUGUUUUGAAUAUGAUGUGACCCGGUAGCAUUAGUUAGCUGGAAAUCAUGUCAAAGAGAAUUUUAGCAUGCAAAAUAUUUUUAUAUAUAUAUUAUGUUCUUGUAAUCCUACUGACUGUCCUAUGAAAUAUGAAAUCAC